AUGGCUUCGUCCGCCCCCACAAUUUCUCUCGUCGGCCCGCCGGAGAUCCACCAGAAGCCUACCCCUCCCGCCGCCGCCGUCCCCGCCGCCGCCACGGGAGAUCCGUUCAUGGACCUCAUGGUGGCAAACUUCAACAAGACGGCGGUCACGGCUCCCCUGCCACCCAGGGGCUUUACCGAGAAUUUCUCGCCGACCUUCCUCUCUUCCGGAAACCCGUGCCUUGACUUCUUCUUCCACGUCGUCCCCGACACGCCGCAGGAGGCCCUCGCACAGCGCCUGAAGCUCGCCUGGGAAGAUGACCCACUUAAGGCCCUGAAGCUCGUCUGCAACCUCGGAGGCGUUCGCGGCACCGGCAAGACCGACAGGGAGGGCGGCUACACGGCGGCGCUGUGGAUCCACAAGAACCACCCCAAGACCCUUGCCUGCAACGUCGCCUCCCUGGCUAAGUUCGGCUACUUCAAGGACCUCCUCGAGAUCCUCUUCCGCCUCGUCGAGGGCCCCGACGCCCGUACACUGGCUAAGGCGGCUUACCGGAGAUGGAAAUCGAGGGGCUCACGCCGGGCUCGCGAGCUUGCCAAACGCCAGCAGGCCAAAAAACCCAAACAGAUGGCCCCACGAUAUGGUGGCAUAAGGAAGAAGACCCAUGGCCGGAUGAGGAGGAGAUCCAACCGGCCGAGCGAGAGCUCGAACCAGCCGAAACUAAGCAAUGAGGAGAAGAGGCUCGAGCGGGCAAAGAAGGCCUUUGAGAGGUUCAGCCGCGACCCAGAUUACAGAUUCCUCCAUGAGCGUGUGUCGGAUUACUUUGCCCUGUGCCUGCGGUCGGACAUGGAGAAUUUGAAUUCCGGCCAAUCGAAUAAAAUCAGCCUUGCCGCCAAGUGGUGCCCCUCCCUCGACUCCUCAUACGACCAGGUGACUCUGCUUUGUGAGCCCAUUGCCAAGAAAGUCUUCCCGAGGGAGGAGUUUCCGGAAUACGAAGGAGUGGAGGAGGCCCACUAUGCGUACCGUGUUCGGGACCGUCUACGCAAGCAGGUUCUUGUGCCUCUUCGUAAAGUCCUCGAGCUGCCGGAGGUGUACAUGAGCGCGAAACAGUGGAGUACACUCCCUUACAACAGGGUGUCCUCUGUUGCCAUGAAAAUGUACAAGCAGGUGUUUCGAGAGCAUGAUGAGCAGAGGUUCGGAGAGUAUCUCAAAAAGGUGGACAAGGGUGAGGCCAAGAUUGCCGCUGGAGCUCUGCUUCCGCACGAGAUAGUCGCCGGACUUAAAGACGGUGACAACGGCCAGGUGGCAGAGCUUCAGUGGAGGAGAAUGGUGGAUGACCUGGCGAAGAAGGGGAAGAUGAGCAACUGCCUAGCGAUUUGUGAUGUGUCGGGGAGCAUGAUGGGUGUCCCGAUGGAGGUUUCGGUGGCUCUUGGGGUUUUGGUCUCGGAGCUUAGCGAGGAGCCGUGGAAGGUUGCUGUGGCUGGGAAGCUCAAGCCCGAUGAGAUGAUCAAGCGACUUUUGGUGUUUAGUGACAUGGAGUUUGAUGAGGCGUCUGGCCACCGGUCGAUGGCAUAUUAUUAUCAACCGGCUUAUGGUGCUUAUGGUGCUUAUGGGACUCCCAUGAACAAUCAACCGGCUUAUGGUGCUUAUGGUGCUUAUGGGACUCCCAUGAACAAGGGAAGCACGUGGGAGACUGAUUACGAGGUGAUUGUGAGGAAGUUUGGAGAGAAAGGGUAUGGGGAAUGUGUGCCGGAGAUUGUGUUUUGGAAUCUGAGAGAUUCUCCGGCGACUCCGGUGGCGGCAGGGCAGCCAGGAGUGGCGCUUGUGAGUGGUUAUUCAAAGAAUAUGAUGAAGGUGUUUUUGGAGGAAGGUAGGAUUAUCAGUCCCCAGGCUGUUAUGGAUCAGGCUAUUGCUGGCAAGGAGUAUGAAGAGCUGGUUGUGCUGGAUUGA